AUCAAGCCGCGCACUCGGACAAAAUAUAGUUCCACAUUUUCAACUCAAAGUCUUAAAAAUAAAGCCGUGAGUAGCGUACAGGUCGGAUAGGCAUUUGUCGUGGGGAUGUCGGAGUGGAUCUAUGUGACUGCUGAAAUCUUUAGCUCGCCUUUUGAGCACUUUUGUUUACACUGGCGUAAAGUGGGUGAUGAGUCUCGCGGCCAGUAAAGAAGCGAGAACUUGCUGUGCAGCCCGAGUAGUUCUUGCGAUUGUUAUUGUUGCUUUAAAAAUAUUUGUAUUACGCCACAAAUAACGCGGAUCGCGUCGAAAGUGGGGGAAAAGUGCUUCUGGAGUCGAAAUAUGGAGCUACAAGGCCUUCAAGAAGCAUUGAAAGUAGAAGUCCAAUGUCAUCAGAAGCUCGCCGUCAGAAGUUGUCCUGUGGGGACGGCCGCCAAACCCCUCGCCCUCAUCAAGCCGCCCAGCCAGAGCAUCGCCAUCUCUGUGGUGCCGGCAAAGACUCCCGUUUCCAUGGUGACGGCACACAUUAAUGGACAAAAGGCGUUGAGUUCUGAGACGCUCCAGUCGUCCCCCGUCAACCUCCAAACACCCGCUGGACAGCACAUCAGCCGCUCACAGAUGUUGGGAGCCCUCACUGCGAUCCCGAUAAAGGUGCCUCACAUCAGCUCUCUGCAGCGGCUGGCAGGACACUCACCCAGUGUGCUACCUCAGGUCAGGCCAAAGACUCUUAUUCCAGACAGCCUUCCCCACAGCCCAUGCCAAGAGAAGCAGCCCGGUCGAACGAUGGCUGUGCCGCAGAGCAUGGCUGUGGUUAGCCCAAAGAGCCAAGGCGCAUCCUUGCCAACUGCCAACAGCACCUUCAGUCACGAGAGACUGUCCAACGGGCAGGAAGAGAGUUCCUCUUCGCCCUCAUCUGCUCAGAGCACGUCCACAACCUCCACAAGUCCAGGGGUGGCUUACGCCAUCAUCUCAGCAGCCUCGCCCACAGCCCACGGGGUGUCAGGACUAACCGAGGCCAUUAAGGUGCAACCGCUGAUUUUCAGCCCUGACAGCAAGGUUAUAAUCAUUCAGCCCCAGAUUCCCAGCAACUCCAAGAGCUCUCCGGCCUCACAAAGUAACAGUCCUGUGAAGGAGCCGAGCCCUGUCCCCUCAACCCCAGCCAAAAAGGAGGAGGAUCCAGAGAAAAUUGCCUUCAUGGUCGCAAUAGGCCUGGUCACUACAGAACAGUUGGAAGAGAUCCAGAGUAAACGGCAGGAGAGAAAAAGGCGAAGCACAGCUAACCCUGCGUACAGUGGACUGUUUGAACCAGAGCGCAAAAGGCUUGCUUCCAAUUACCUGAACAGUGCGAUGUUUCUGUCAGCGAGAGACUCUGAGGAGCUCUGCUGGAAGGAGGAGCUGCAGCAUGAUGAUCACUGUGCAGUGUGUAAACAGGAAGGAGAUCUUCAUCCAUGCCACACUUGUACCCGCGCCUACCACCCCGACUGCCUGCAUCCACCUCUCAAAACUGCCACCAGGGGCAUAUGGAUGUGCCCCAAGUGCCAGAAGAAAGUUUUGAACAAAGAAAACUUGUCUUGGCCACAGAACUUCAUCCAGUCGUAUGUUACACAUAAAACAGUGAGAGAGGAGGAACGCAGGAAGCUUAUGAGGAGAAACACUGAGCUGAAACUUGAGUGUGAACAUCUGAGUGAAGAGGACAAGAGACUCUGUGAUUCUCUCUCGAAAUGCAUUGAGCUGAAGGAGCGUCUUUUGGGUCAGCAGCGGGAGACUCAGACGUCCCUUGAGCGUCUCAAGACUCUGAUCCGACUCAUCCAGCGUGACCAGAUGAUCCAAGUAACUAUGACGGCCACCACCACCACCGGAGCGUCGCUGCUCUCGCUGCCGUGGAUCAAAGCCACGGGCAGCAGCACCAGCACCAUGGCGCCCACAGCUGGCUCCUCCGCAGUACUGCACAAAACCACGCUUCAGCCGCAAGGCAACAACUAACCCACACAAACAUGCAGAACAGCUCUCUACAAGACCACCGAACGCCUUUGUAAAGAGACACAGACAGUGAUAUCCAACCAACGUGCAUUUUCUCCUGGUAACGUCUUACCAUAAAAUAAUGGGAAAGUUUGAGGAAAAAAAAAACUAAAAAGCAAUUAUGAGUGUCACUCAAUUCAUAAGUAUUUUUUACGGCAACACACAGUGCUCACAAGAAUUUUUUUUUUAAUUCACAGUUUUUUAAUGUAUUAUUUUUCUUGGCCUUAAUGUAUUUAUUAAUAGAUUACGAUGCUGUUGGAAAUAUAUGAAAUAAGUAUUCUGCAUAGUUAAUGUAGAAACAUUUCUUUUUAUGCUUUGUGUUUUUUUACUGGGGUUUGGUGUCUGUGCGUAUCGGGGGAAUAAUCGUUCGCAUUUAGUUAUUGAGAAGGUCAGCGUAGUUAUAGCUGAAGAAAGGGAGAGCACUGUACAUUCAUUGAUAUAUCGGAAUAAACGUUCGUUUUCAGUUUUUGAUGAAAAAUGUUUGCCAUAAUAAUUCAGGUUAAAGCGAGACAGGGAAAUGUUUUUGUUUUGUUCAUUUUGUGUGAAGCUGCGAGCAUACAAACAUAAAAAACAACAUGUAAUAAUUUUUCAGUAUUAAUAGAGAGAAAAGAACAAAGUAUUUAAGAUAACAACAGAAUUUAGCCUUUUUAGUGAAGAAUUUAGUAUUUUCAUCCUGAUGCCUGUUAAUGAUUUCAAAGAAGUAUUGGAGAGAGGGAUCUUUGUACAUAUAUGAUUUUUCUUUUAUUUCGGCUGUCCCAACAACACAAACGAAAAGGCCAUUUGAGUUCUCCGAGUGCCUGAUCCCGGAAUCCAAAAACUAUGUUUUGUCUCCCCACUAAAAUAUAUCAAAUAUGCCAAAAACCCUUGAGUGUUUUUGUACCGUUAACUGUUUCAUGUUUUCAUCUCAUCUUGCUCUCUUGUCCGUUUUUUGUUUUCUCUGAAGUGUUUUAUGUUUUUAUUUUAUGUAUUUUUUCACAUCACUUCAGGAUCAUCAGAAGUUGCAUUAUUAUUAUUAUUCUUUUUAUUCGUAUUUUUUAAAUGUUAGAAGUGAACACUGCCUGAUGAAUAAAAGUGAAGAAUUCAUAUCUAAACAAGUAAAUGGAGUAAAAUAGGAAAUGAUUUGAAUGGUACUUUUUAGAGGGAAAGUAUAGCAUGUUCAUUUGAAUGGUUUGUCUUCCUGUGUGGUUCGAGAAACAAACGCCACUUCCCUGAUGGAGUUAAUACAAAAUGCAAAAGGAAUAAGUCGCACAUGGUUAACUACAGCAUCGUUCCCAACAAAGUCUAUUCCAUUUAAAAACAAACAUUAGUUUUAAAUAAGAAAUACCAUCAUUAUAUAUGUAUACCUUUAAGGGCUAACAGACUUGUAUUUAACCACAUUUGGAGUAAAGUUAGUUUUUUCUUUCUUCCGUUUAAAAGAAAUAUCUACUGAAUUUAUAUCCAGCUCAAAUCAGGCGUUACAUUCGGUAGCAUCUGUAAAUUGUUUUUUGUGUAACAUCUUCUAUGAAGUCUGUAUAUGUAAUGUAAUUUUAUAAAUGUUAACAUAUGCUAUUGUAUUAACUUUAAAAAAUCUUACAAUUAACAGUAUUAUUACAGCAUUUAUUAAUCUUUGUAAAUAUAUAAUUGUUCAUUGUUAACUCAUGUUAGUUCCUAAUGUUAUUUCCGGAAUUAAACUCAUUUGUAGACUCUAAUAAUCUAAAAUUAAGAAUUUUCAUAUAUGAUUUUUUUUUCCUAGUACAUGUUAGAAAUUUAAAACCAACCAAGAUUGAUAAAUGUUGUAAAAACUGUUAUUGUCAAAUUAUUUUAUAAUAAAUAAAUUAAUAUGACCACUUAUAAUAUUCUAAUACUUAUUAAUGCUCAGUACAACACAUUAAAAUGAAAUCAAGGACAUUUUUAUAUUGUGUUAGAUAUUUAAAAGCUAUAACCAUAAGUAUGUGUUGUAUGUUUUACAUAUAAACGAAGCAUUAUUUAUACAGACGUCAUAAAGUGUUGUUUUUUUUCAGGUCCUGUAUUAUCAUAUUCAGAAUGUAACUUAAUGCAUAUCAUAUAUUGUUUCAUAACAGCUGUUCCUGGAAAGUACUGCAUUGAGAUCAGUAAAAAAAAUAAAAAAUAAAUAUAUAUAUAUAUAUAUAUAUAUAUAUAUAUAUAAUAGUAAACAUCACUGAUUUACUUAAUACUUUUCAGAAAAUAAUAUCUGGAAAUUAAGUAAAUAACAAUUUCUAAAAUAGCUUUUUUUUUAAGGAAAUUAGUCUUACUCUACAGAUGUUUACAUGUUUUAUUAUUUAAUUUAAUUUAUAAUGUAUUAUUAUUAUUAAUAUUUAUUAUUAUUGGAAAACAAAGAGAAAAUGACAGCAUAAGGCAGGGCAGUGGGAUGUGAUGUUAAUAUCAGCCCUUUCCAUGAAUAUUAUAGAUUUAUUUAUUAUUGUUUUUUAUUUAUCUUGUGUUUCCUUUUUUUCGUAAGUAUAUCUGUGCUCUGUUCAUAUCACUUCCAUCUCCAUUGCGGCUCGUCCCUGAUUUCGGUUCACCCGUUGUCGCCCGUGUUCCAGAUAUCCUCUCCGGGAGAAACUGUGCAGUGCUUAUACAGAUCUAUUUUACUACACUCAACACUAUGUUGAACAAAAAUCGAAUUAUAUUCUUUUAUCAAUGAACAAAUGAGGGAAGACAAAAAAAUGAUUUUUUUCUUUUAUUAUCGUUUGCUAAUUAUGCAUUUUGACUUAGCUUGCAAUAUGUGACGUGUCCUUUUGCAACGGAGAAGGAAGCAAAGCGAAGUAGAUAACUCACACGGAGGUGUUUAGCUAGAUGUCUUUGGACUGUGUUUUUCUUUGUCAUUGUGAAGGGGACUGUCCAGUGGAUAGUACAUUAUAGAAGAGUGUUUGUCUUACAUAUGCCAAUGUAGUUUUUACAUCAUCUUAUGAUCUAUUAAAGUUGAUUGAUGGAAGUUCA